AUGGGUGUGGAUUUCUACAACGUGCUGAGAGUGAACCGGAACGCGACCCAGGAGGACCUGAAGAAGGCGUACAAGCGCCUGGCGAUGAGGUGGCACCCCGACAAGAACCUGGUCGACAACGAGGAAGCGGAGGCCAAGUUCAAGCAGGUGUGCCAGGCGUACGAUGUUCUCAGCGACCCGCAGCGGCGCCAGAUCUACGACAUCUACGGCGAGGAGGGGCUCAACUGCGGCGACCCGGAUGACAUUUUCGCCGAGUUUUUCGGCGGAUCUGGCGGCGUUGGGGACAAGGUGUUCAAGAAGAGCAGUGUGAAUGGCGAAGGGCGUAAUGGUAAUUUGAAGAGUAAGAAGGCUGCGGCGACAGAGAGCAAGUUGGUGUGCAGUUUGGAGGAUCUUUACAGGGGGGCGAGGAGGAAGAUGAGGAUUUCGAGAACUGUUCCUGACGGGUUCGGUAAGCCAAAAACUAUUGAGGAAAUCCUAAAGAUAGACGUCAAGCCUGGCUGGAAGAAGGGUACAAAGAUCACAUUCCCAGAGAGAGGAAACCAAGAGCCGGGCUUCUCUCCGGCUGAUCUCAUCUUCGUCAUCGACGAGAAACCCCACCCUCAUUUCAAGAGGGAUGGGAAUGACCUUGUGGUCACUCAGAAAUUAUCCCUACUAGAGGCUCUCACCGCGGCGGUCGUCAAUCUGACAACGUUGGACGGAAGGGUUCUCAAGAUCCCGGUGAGAGACAUAAUCAAACCUGGCCAUGAGGAGGUGGUUGCUAAUGAGGGAAUGCCCAUCUCUAAAGAUCCGACCAAGAAAGGAAACCUUAGGGUCAAGUUCGACGUCGUCUUUCCGGCGAAGCUCAGUGCAGAACAGAAGGAUGGUCUGAGGAGAGUGCUGGGUGGAGGUGAUACCUGAAGGCUAUGAGAAUUCAUAUGCUUGGGAUAAAAACCAAAUCUAUUUAACCCUAAUUGUCAAUGUAAGAUCAUGUAAAUAUUUUAUCUUUCCACGGUGCAAUUGUGCAUACUAGGAACUCUAAUUUGAAUGUUUGGAAUCCAAUAUUGUAAGAAAUGCUAAUGGGGCUCCAUAAAUUGUGAGAUUAAUUUCUAAUGGUGUAUCAUAAUAUUUUUCUUUGAUGCUCA